CAGUCCACGAUCCUCGUUCAAACGUAUACCAGCUCGGCCUACUUCGACUUUUCCUCUUCUUUCCCCCUUCAGCUCCCUUACUCCGUGAGCUUCUCCGUCACAGAAGUCACUCCCUCUCCCUUCCUCGACACACAAAAACAAAAAAAACGCGUCUGCCAAAAUGCUCGUCCUUUACGAGACCGCUAUGGGCUAUUGUCUAUUUAAAAUGUCGGAUUCAGCCGCAAAUAUGGAAGAAUCACAGUUGCGGAAUCAGUUUGGUACUCCAGAAUUAGCAAAUAAACUGUUGAAGUUAAAAGCUCUUCAUCGGUUCACAUCUACCGCUACCGCAGUCGAAGACAUGACAGCUCUUCAAGAGGGGAAACUAGGACCUGGUUUGAAACAGUUCCUUUCGGAUGAAGUCGUUGGAAAGGGCAAGGGGAAAGAGUCUUUACUGGUCGUGGAUAAACACUUGGGGAAAUCGAUAUCCAAGAAGCUUAGCAUCACGGUCAAAGCUGACCGCGAUUACGAAGAAUUAUGGAGAGGUAUCCGGUGUCAAUUGGCUGCUCUAUUGGAUGGACUUGAUCCAAAAGAUUUGGCUACCAUGAGCUUGGGUCUCGGCCACUCGUUAUCAAGAUUCAAAAUCAAAUUCUCACCGGACAAAGUUGAUACAAUGGUCGUGCAAGCAAUAGCCCUGCUGGAUGAUCUGGACAAGGAAAUCAAUAUCUACGCCAUGAGAGUCAAGGAAUGGUACGGCUGGCACUUCCCCGAAAUGGCCAAAAUAAUCGUCGACAACAUUGCAUAUGCGAAAGUCAUCAAAGCAAUGGGUGGGUUAUACCCCUCCUCUCAGUUUCUUCUCUCUUCCCUCACAUACCGAUUAGGCUUCCGCACAAACGCAUCCUCUACCGACCUCGCCUCUGUCCUCCCCGAAGACCUCGAAGCCGUCCUCAAAGCAGCCGCUGAAAUAUCCAUGGGUACAGAGAUUUCCGAUUCUGAUAUGGCCCACAUAAAUUCUCUCUGCAAUCAAGUCAUCUCAAUAUCAGCGUACCGAACACAACUUUCAGAGUACCUUCGGAACCGUAUGAUCGCUAUUGCCCCCAAUCUCACCGCACUGGUUGGUGAACUUGUUGGUGCACGGCUUAUCAGUCAUGCGGGUAGCUUGAUGAACCUGGCCAAACAACCAGCAAGUACAGUUCAGAUUCUGGGAGCGGAGAAAGCGUUAUUUAGAGCGUUAAAAACCAAACACGACACACCAAAAUAUGGGCUGAUCUACCAUGCUUCUCUCAUUGGACAAGCACCUCCCAAACUAAAAGGAAAAAUGGCAAGAAUGGUUGCCACCAAAGCCGCUCUCUCAAUACGUGUUGACGCUCUCGCCGACGCCGACGUAAAAUCAGAGGCAGACGCGCCAUCAAUAGGUCUCGCACACCGGGCUAAACUUGAAUCGCGACUACGCGCACUUGAAUAUUCUGAAGAUGCGGCAGGUGUUAGAAGAUUCGCUAACGUGGAUAAGAAGCAACAGCAGAAGUUUGAGAUGAAGGGAGAGACGAAGACGUAUAACACUCAGGCUGACUUUGUUACAACGCAAAGGGAGACGCCGAUGGAAACUGCCGUGAAGGUUGUAAAAGAGGUCAAGGAUGAGAAGAAGAGGGCAAAGGAAGAAAAGAAGGCGAAGAAGAAGAAGGCUGAAAAGGAGGCAUCUCAGGACGCGAUGGAUGUUGAUGGAGAAGAUAGUAAGGAGAAGGAGAGGAAGAGGAAGAGGAGGGAAAGUGAAGCCAAUGGAGAGCCCGAAGGGGAAGAGAAAUCAAAGGAGACGGAAGAGGAACGGAAAGCACGGAAGGCUGCAAAAAAGGCCGCCAAGGCUGCUGCUGCUGCCAACGGCGAAGAACAACCAAAGAAGAAAAAGAAGAAAUCGGAAGCAUAGCGGGGAGGAGUUGUUUUCAUCUACAUGUGUAUCUUACUUGUCAUAUCCUUGCAUCUGUUAAUUUUUUUUGUCAUUCACAUGGGUUCUACAUAUAACCAAGGAACGGUGCUCUACCGUCGCUGAACGACAG